AACAAAUUUAAAUUAAAUUAAAACUUGCCCUCGAACCGGGAAUCGAACCCGAUAUCCCUCACCUAGCUUAACGAGACCUUUAAGCCAUGUUUUGUAGUAACAUUUGAGGCAUAGACAAGAAAAGUCUAAAUCGUACUUCCGGUAUUGUAUAGUAUUGUCUGUCAAUGUCAAUAUUUGGUUUUGACAACAAAUAAUUUCGUUAUUCAAAAAUCAAAACUAUGGCCGUUAAUUGUAUUGGUUGUGAAAUGUGAAUUAAUUUUGUGAUCUAUUUGUGGAGAGAAUUCUUUUAUUUUGAUAUAGACUGUAAAGUUUGCGUUACCAACCAUCAAGUGAAUAUCCGAAUGUUUUCUAACUCUAAACCUUACGAAUCGCCUUCACUUCGUACUAACAAUAGUGCUUUUGGAAUAAUUUUUCAAAAAGUACAAAGUAUGUUUAAACACCCAGUUCCUGAGAACGAGUUUAAUUUAAACAUGUCUUCGACAAGGACAAGUACGGUAGCUUCCGAUGAUAGUUUUAUUACUCCUGUGUCAUCCAUGGGAGAUCUUAUGACUCUAUCACCUAAGAAAUCGGAUGACCUUUUAAUGAACGAAGUCGAUAUUACUAAUGAUUAUCUGACUGGUACAGACUUUGACAGUAUAUGUGAUGUGACGAUGCGAGAAGUUCAUAACUAUGAAUCAAAUAUAUCUAUUGAUGAAACUAGUUUGGAUUUUCUAGCCAAAUGUAGUGAAACCGGUCGCAAACAAAAUUUCAUUGAUAGAGGUAAAGAAAGCCUUUUUGUCAAGUUUGAUCCUCUGUAUGCUCAGAAGAUGGUUCAAUCUGAAGGUGAAAUUCAAGCCGAUUCAUUAGAGUGUGACAUUGGAUAUGAAACAGGCAGUACUACAUCUAUUUUGACUGAUACAAUUAUUGAAACUUUAGAUAAUUCAACUUCAGUAAGCAACCUGCAAAACAAAGGGUUUAUGAAUAAAGACAAACCUAUGCAAAUGGUAACACCAGUUAUAAGCGCUGAAUUGUCACGACCAACUCCUUCUCGAACAAAAUCAACACCAGCUCUUGUUAGAAGUGUAUCUGCUAUUUUACCUAGUCCAGUUGUAACUGAAAAAUUAAUUAAUUUCUCUGGUAAUACUCCACCAGUUGCUGCCCCUCGUAGUCCAAGAAGUAGAAAAACAACACAUUAUGGAGAACAUGAAAAUGGUAGACUACAGUCUUUAAGAGCAAUUUUGCAAAAUCAAGAUCAUGAAGUUUUACAACUGAGACAGGAUAAUAGAGAACUUAGAUCAAUGUUACAAGACAUGGAACAUAACUUUACACGUUACAAAGAAGAAAUGGAAGUCAGAGUAAAAAAAUUAACAGAAGAAAAGAAACACUUUAUGGACAAAGAAGAUCAAUUAUCCCAGCAAUUACAAGAUAAACAAUUAAGCAACAGACAAAUGUGUGUAGUAAUGGAGGAAUAUGAAAAAACUAUAUCUGAUUUAAUUGGAGACCAACAACAAGAAAAAGUGCAAUUGCUUGAAACUUUAGAGAAAAUUACACUGGAGAGGGAUGAAUCUGUGAAGCACUUAGCAAGCAUGGAGAGUUCCUUCAAUGAUCUUUUAACUAAAUAUGAAAAAUGUAAGAGUGUUGUUAUGGAAUCUAAGGGUAGAGAAGAAAUUUUGAAUAAAAAAAUUGAUGAAUAUGAUGAAGGCAUGAAAAAGUAUGAAGAAUUAUAUAACACCCUCAAACAAGCCACAACAGACAACUUACAGAAAGCUAAUGAGAUGUUAGAUAACAUAAAGAAAAAUCAUAAUGUUGAAAUUACUAAGAUGAAUGCUACUAUAAAAAAGCAAGAAAUUAUGAUUUCAUCCUUACAAGAGUCUCUUGCACAAAAGACUAGAGACAAUGAAGGAUUAACUAGAAUAUGUGAUCAGCUUAUCAAUCAAGUCCGUUAGACAAAACUUACAAAUUGAUUGAUUUAAUACUUGACAUUCCUUUUUUUUAAUUUGGCUAUCAACACCACUAUUAUUAUUUGUCAUAUUAAUAAUAUGUUGUUUCUAAUUGAUAUGUGUUGAUUAAUGCACAUUAUUUAAAUUUUUAUAAUUAAUUAGGUUUAUGUUAAAUUAUACUCUGUGGCAGCUGUGAUUAUGUUUGCUAUGUUUACUUUCUCUGUAACUAUUGAUGGUGCUUUGUAAUAAUUUGAUUGUUCUUUUUAACUACAUUUAAAAUAAUGAAUCUCUUAUUCAAAUGACAAGUAUUGUUAUGUUGUAUUAUUAGUUUGUAUAUGAUUACCAUAAAUCUGAAAUUUUUAAAAAUAAAAUUACUUCAACAAG